ACGCUGAAGUAGACCGCUUUGAAGACAACAUGUCUGAAACUCGUGUUAAGAUCAGGAUAGGUGUUUUAGCAAUCCAGGGAGCAUUCUUCGAGCAUAGAGCUGCCCUUCUCAAAGCAGCGAAUGAUUUAACACUCAGCAAGGAAACUGAGAUUGAAGUUGUGGACGUAAGAGAGCCAGAUCAACUGGUAGAGUUGGAUGGACUGAUAUUACCUGGAGGGGAAAGCACGACAAUGAGUUUGUUCCUUCAAGCAAGUAACUUUGAGAAGGUGCUUAAAGAAUGGGUCGCUGCUAAAGAGAAUCAGAGAGUUGUAUGGGGAACUUGCGCUGGACUGAUUUUACUUUCAAAUGACAUAGAGGGUCAGAAAGAAGGUGGACAAUCAAAGGUAAGUUGUUGGUUUGAACGAACACAGAAUAACUCCGAGAGGGGAGUAUCACAUAGUUAGUGUUUUGUGACAGAGUAUAAUUCCUCAUGGAGUAUUCCUAGCUUCUACUCUUACGCACCCAGAGCUCAGCACUUGAUUCCCUUAUGAAGGCCUCUCCCUCCCCCCACUUACUCCCCUUCCCCUCCCCCACUGGCAACCAGCUCUGUCUAUGAACUAAGUCCUUUGCUUAUUAGAGGCAACCAAUCCAGGCCAUCUAUUUUCUCUCCUUCCCACAAUCCUUCACCACAUACAUAUGGUGGUAAGUCAUGGGGUUGACAUUAAUGAGCACAACCCUGAUGGCUGUGUCAGGGAGCAUGUUCAGGAUUCGUCUACUGAGUUCCUAAAGGGACUCAUCAGGCAUGACAGGGAAUCCAUGAAAGAGAUGGAAAAUUGUUGUGAGAAUCUGAAAGGUAGUAUGAGUUGUUUCUGUAAAGUAGUUGUAUCAAGGAAGAAAAAUCCCAAUAAAACAACUAAACUCUUCUAUCUAUUCUAUUGGUCCAAGGAAAAUCUGAGUUGCCCACAAAGAAUCAAACCUUAGAGUGAAACCAAAUUUUACUCAAACACUUAACCAUGGAGUCAGAGAGACCUUGAUAGUGAGCAAUGCUUUAACUGGGUUCAUAUGUGACAAGUAUCCAUCCUAGAAAAUUGAUAUUGGUAAUAGGACAGAGUGGAGUUCAAUGCAGUCUGUAAUCAUACAAGUAAUUAACAAAUGGGAUGACUGCAAAGUGGGAGUCUGAUAUAUAAAUCAAGAGUAUGAUUACAGACAGAAUUGGAUGACAUGAAGUCCUGUUACUACUUGAUCAAAACUGUGACAAAAUUUGAGAAAGAAACUGGACAUCGGUUUUACAUUUUCAUAAAAAGACGCCAACUUGGUAAGAUGUGAGAUAACAGCACAGGCAUGAUACAUUCUGUUCACUUACACAGGCAUGAUGUGUUAAGUGUCCAAUCACAAGUAUGAUGUGUACACAGUCCUAUCAAUGCUCAGGCUGGUGAUAACCAAUCAUGUUCCAGAAUUUUGUUAUAGUUUUUGAUUAGAUUUAUAGUAGUCACUGGUCACUAUAAUCUUUAUCAUCAGAUUGGUGGUAUUGAUGUCACAACUUCCCGGAACUUUUUUGGUCGUCAAGUCAACAGUUUUGAAGCAAAUGUGAGUCUCCACAAUAAGUUUCUUGAAGAGUAUCAUAGCAAUAGCUCAAAUGGAUUCAGUGAUGGCAGCAUAGAUGAUGGGUACCAUGGUGUUUUCAUUCGAGCUCCAGCAGUGGUGUCUGUUAACAACCCUAAAGUUGAAGUUUUAGCCACAAUCACUGUACCACAGAGAGAGGAACCUGUUGUGGUGGGUGUGGCUCAGGACAACUUGAUUGCAACUGCUUUUCAUCCAGAAUUGACAGAAGAUACAAGAUGGCAUGCAUACUUCUUAAGACAAAUUUUAGAGAAGAUAAAUCCUGCAAAAAAUUGA